GAUGCAAAUAUUGAAAAUAAGUUUAAUAACAACUGGUCAAUAACUGGUUAUUUUGGUUCUUCGAAGGGGAAUAUUUUGAGAAACAAGAUCGCUUUUUAUCACUUCGUAAGUAAAUCAAAAGGAUAAUGGCUCAAAGGUGCGGAGGAUUGUCAGCCGUUCAGAAAGCAACUGAAGAGACCCAAAAACUCAUCGAUUCUGUUCGUUCUGAAGCAGAAGCGCAAGCAGGGUCGAAAUUUGACAAGUACGAGGCUAUUUCGUUUAGGCCGCAAGUUGUCGCAGGGACGAAUUACUUUGUUAAGGUUGACAUAGGUGAUGGUAAAUACGUGCAUCUUCGUGUGUUUCAACCUCUUCCAAACACUGGUCAAGGUCCAGAACUCAGUGGAAUAGAAUUGAACAAAAGCCUUUAUGACGAGAUUGAUUAUUUUAACAACUAAGCAGCUUACAAACAUUCGU